GAAUUUUUUAGUCUCUCUGGUGGUCUCCCUCUCUCAUCACGUCACUUUCGGCCAUUUUGUUAGAGCAACCAUUGAUAGCAACAACAGGACAUACGAGUAGAAGUGAACUAUGGCUUCUGUGUUCUCGAGGAGAAUAGGGAGAUCUUUACAGGUUAGACUGUAUUCAGCAGCAGCACGCCCUGAAGCGAAAGAGCCACAACUAUCAAAACAAGGAGCUAAGCUGACAAAACUCCCUAAUGGGCUGGUAGUAGCAUCCUUGGAAACUUACUCCCCUUUGUCACGGAUUGCCCUUGUGGCAAAGGCUGGUCCUCGGUUUGAAAAUGGAGACAAUCUUGGUGUAACGCAUUGCCUCCGCAUUGCUGCUGGACUGAGUACGCAAAACAUGUCAUCUUUUGGAAUGACGCGAAGCUUAGAACAAGUUGGGGCCAAUUUCACAUGCACAUCAAGUCGAGAGUACAUGUUUUACAGAGUUGAGUGUAUAAGGGACAACCUAGAACUAGCCACAGAAGUCCUGCGACAAGUAACAACAGCCCCAGCCUUCAAGCCUUGGGAACUGACUGAAAUUCAAAAUCGACUGAAACUGGAUCUGGCCAUACUUAAAUCACAGCCUGCUACAAUGGUGUAUGAUUUGCUGCAUCAGGCUGCAUUCAGGAAGACUUUAGGCAACUCACUGUAUGCACCUGACUUUAUGGUGGGCAAAUAUAGCCGUGAACAGUUGCUGAAUUAUAUGAAGUCCUACUAUUCCACUGGCCGAGUAGCACUUGUGGGAGUUGGAGUGGACCAUGAGGAGCUAGUCGAAUGUGCUCAGAAGUUUACACCAUUUGCCUCAGCUGCUACUGCUGCUGACAAAGCCACUUAUGGAGGGGGUGAGAUCCGUGUGAACACUGGAGGUAGCCUAGCAUAUGUUGCUGUUGCUGUUGAAGGGCCAAGCACUGGCAAAUUUGGGAAGACAGGGCGUCUUGCUGGCAAGGAGUUGCUACAUGCAGCUGUGUUGCAGAAUGUUAUGGGAUUAGGACCAAGCAUUAAGUAUAGUACUGGUGGUGCCACAUCUCUCCUGACACAGGCCAUUACCAAGGCAACCUCCCAGCCUUUUGCGGUCUCAUGCCUAAAUGCUAACUACACAGAUAAUGGUCUCUUUGGUUUCUUUGCAAUUGCACAGGCUACAGAAAUGGAGAAGGUUCUCCAGGCUGCCUUCAAGCAGUUUGCUGCAAUCACCAAGAAUGGCUUGGAUGAGAAGGAAGUGGCACGUGGCAAGUAUCGACUUCAAGCUGACUUUGGCAUGUACAUGGAAACCAGUUCUUCAUUACUGCAACAACUGAAAGCCAGAAUUGCCAUGCAGCAGGAGCAAAGUGAAAAUUCAGCACUGGACUUUGCAGAGCAAGCAUUGAGUGGCGAGCAGUUGGUUUCUCCAAAUGAUUUGUUUACGUUCAUUGAGGGCAUCACCACUGCAGAUGUCACAAAUGUUGCCAAAAAGUUGGUGAAUGGAACUCCAACCAUGGCAGCUGUUGGAAAUCUGUCACAUACACCAUAUCUAGACCAGUUUCGCAAGUAACGGCAAAUGGAAGUUAGGUUUUUCUUCAGAUUAGCUUGCUGCAAUGGACUCUGUGCACAUCAAGAUUUAAGGUGUUGCAGGCUUGACAUACGUGAAAAAAAUUUGUUUCCAAGACUAACAGUCACAGGACCUCCAUGCUACCUCCUUGAAAAGAGAGCCUGAAAGGAACUAAUGGAUUAAUAAAAUUAAGUUGUUUCUAGAUUCAUUUCUUGGCUUUGACAUGUACCAUUUUAGGUAUGCCCUGGUGUGGAGAUGAAUUUCUAGAACUGUUAGAUGAUAAUUUGUCUUGGAAAUUGAAUUCUGAUGUUGAAGAUUGCAUAUGUUAAUAAAUUAAGUGCUGGAUUU